AUGAGUACUCCUACGGCGACAUCUCCGGUUACAGAUGACUCUGGCGACAAUAACAGCACGAAGCUCAUCAUAAUCAUCGUAUCUUGCCUGGGCGGCUUCCUAUUCGUCUUCGGACUCGUUUGCAUCAUUGUUCCUAUCCUGAGGAGGAGAGUAGCGCGACGGGGUCCUAGGAGAGACUUUGAAGACGCUUCGAACCCCGGCGCUCAUGCCCGACAUGCAUCAGAGGCUGGUGCACCGCUUCUAUAUUCGAAGGAGUUGCAAGGCCAUGAUCGCGAUCUCUCGGCUAGUAGCACAGGACACGGCCUUGUCAUAGAUGGGGAAUAUCACAGCACGCCCGAGAGCACGUACUACGACGCCUACAAUGACUCUACACCCGAGCCCACCGCCAACUUCGCGUAUACUCCCUACGCCACGGACAGCCCACCCAUGCCCCAACGACCCCCGCCUCCACGGCAACCGCAACCUCUCAAACACGCUCGCACUCGCAUACGCGCACCCAUGGCACCGGUGCCCGAAGACGGCCUCCCACCCACACCCAAAUCCACACGCCGAACCUCGAUACCGACAGCUUCUCCGCCUUCCUCCCCACCCCCGCAGUCCCAAUCCGAAGAACAUCCAUCAUGGCUACACAUUCCAACGGCCGGACCGCUGAUCUCAGCCUUCCGACGGUCCAUCGCAGCCAGCACCUCGACAGGCAAAACGUCGAUGACGGGCCAGUCACACAAUCAGUCAUCUGUCGUACCGCCAUUACCCACGUCACAUCUGGAUCAUACGUCGUCCAUCGAAGCGCUCACAAUACGCUCCUUCACCUCCGGUGCAGAGUCCGGACAUGAAAUUGCGGCCCCACCUCCCCGCGAUGUGCCCGCGCGUUUGCGGCCAAGCGGUGGACCCGAACGCGUCGCUCAGCUCGUCGUGCCGCGGCAUACCGAGUUGACUGCGCCCGGUUCUCGCGCCGCUAGUUUGCUCAGUGCCCCGUUGUCGAAUACGGGCGCUUCUAGUCGGAGCGGUGUGAGCGUGUACACGGAUGCGCGGUCCGAUCUGGGAGGGGCGAGUGAGCUAGGGGAGAGGUCGCUGCGUUCGAACCCCUCGCGACCAUGA